AUCCAGUGCCAUCUCCGUUGUGAAGAUCCUGAGGGUCUUAAGGGUCCUGAGGCCGCUCAGGGCAAUCAACAGAGCAAAAGGACUUAAGCACGUGGUCCAGUGCGUCUUCGUGGCCAUCCGCACCAUCGGCAACAUCAUGAUCGUCACCACGCUCCUGCAGUUCAUGUUCGCCUGCAUUGGUGUCCAGCUGUUCAAGGGAAAGUUCUAUCGCUGCACGGACGAGGCCAAAAGCAACCCUGAAGAGUGCAG